GUUAAGCUCGCGUCUCACGCGAACAAUUCCAAUUCAUCUCUUUUGAACCUCACAAUAUUCCACCAUCAAAUAAGACAAAAGAAAAAAAGAAAUGACCAAAAACAAACAAUGUUGAAUGAGACGUCCGCUUCAAACUGAAAGAUCCAGUAAUUACUACAACAAACUUCCUCCACACUCACACACCCUUCAGCAUUCAUCACGUUAAACACACACAACAAACACUAUGCAUCGACAAAUAAAAAUUUAAAAAGAUAAAAAUAGAUUCAGCCCCUUUGAUACUGGAGUGGUGAGUAUUGAAUUUUUAUCUUGAUCCGAGAGAAAAAGAAGAAGAUAAUUAGCAUGGAGGUGCCCCAGAAAACAUGGAAUCACCAUGAAAAGAAGAAAAUGGUGAUCAAAAUAGGUGGCGGUGGCGGUGGUGGUGCUGUUGGGGCUGUUGUUCUCUUGGGCGGAGCGUUGGCCACUGCUGCUUUGGCCUCAGCCUUUAUAGUCGGGAAGCAGGGGUGGAGCUCCAGCAAGGACCGCCGCCGCCACCAGAGUCCACCACCGGAGAUGAGGAAGCAGAAUGCACAAGAUGAAGCAAAUAAAGGGCAGCAGUUUGUGAUUUCACAUGUGUAUGAUCAUCCAAGCAAUGGAACAACGAAAGAGGUUGAGUCAGACGACAAUAGCGGCUUGUUGGUUUCUAAACAGAGCUCGUCACUGGAUGAGAAGCCCAGGAUUGAAAUCAAUGGCGGAAAACCAGGCGAUGCUGCUGAUGCAAGUCAGGAAACUCUCGGUUCCAUCAGUCCCAAAAAACUGGAAAACAAUGCUACUUCUGCUAUAGUCGAGGAAGGAUUUUCUACGUUGGAUGAGAGAUUGCCUUUUGAGUCCAAGAAUAUGAUGCAUGAAAGUGAACUCGGAAUUCAUAUAACCAAAGAAGAUUUUGCUUAUGAAAUCCCUGAAAAAAGCAAAAAUUCCGAGCAAAUUCAUAUUGAAGAAGUCGGGGCAGAAAGAGAAGCCAGAGAUGAUGUUAAAAUUGAAAGGAUAAACCGCAGAGAAGCUUGUGUUGUGACUCAGAUGCAACCAAGAGGAGAAGAAAAUCCUGAGGUAUGCUAUGACCAAGGGGAGAUUGAGGUAACUAUAGUGGAUAAUGCUGUUGAGGGAGUUCAUAUUGAUGGAAAGGAGAUUGAGGACGUAACCAUGGUAGAUAAUGCCGUUGAGGGAGUUCAUAUUGAUCCAAAGGAGAUUGAGGUAGCAAAAGUAGAAAAUGCUGUUGAGGGAGAUCAUAUUGAUGAAAAGAAGCGCCAAAAUGUCUUAGAAAAAGAAUUGGAAGAGCUGUGUGGUGAUAGUAAAGAAAUCAGUGAGGAUGCACGUGAAGAAGCCAUUCAGAAAACUGAGGAGAAUGUGGGUACCAGCACCAUUAGUUCUCUGUCAGAAACCAUUGCUUCUGAUGUCCAUAGUGAAGAUGGGGAAAAACCUCUCCUGUCCGUUGUUGAAAGUCCCAUCCUGGAGCAUGAACAUGUGAAUCGUGAUGAGGGAGAAAGUGGCAUGCCCAAUAAGAUUGUGGGAAUAAUUCAAGAGGAUAACACUCUUGAAGGAAGUCGAGAUUUGGUGAAAGAACAGGAAAAAUGUGAUCAACCUGAUGAAGGAAGGAUUCAAGAAACACGUGAGGAAUUAGGAUUGACAGGUGAAGCUAACCAGAGUAACCUGCAAAUUGAAGUGGGCGAGCCAAAAAUCCCACGUGAGAGGAAAGAAGAAAAUGCCUGCACAGAUCACCCAAUUCCAACCACCACAGAAAAGAGGGCUUUUGGUGUGCCAUUGCUGAAAGAAGAGCUGAUUUCCCAUGACGAUGUUGAAGUUACAAAAGAGGAUGCAAAGAAUGAGGAAGUUGCUGAAAGCCUGGAGGUGAAUGAGAGCACCGCCUCGAUACAGUCUACUCUUAGUCAGCCAAAAGACAGUGGAGAUGAUGUUGAGAGUAACAUCGAAAAGGAAGUCAAGGAAGAAUUGAUCUCCCCAGAACAUACUGAGGCUGCAAAAGAGGAUUUUGCAAAUGAGCAAGUUGCCGAAAACGUGGAUGUGACCGAAAACAAGACCUCCCUGCAACUUGGUGUUGAUGAGCCUAAACAACAUGAAGAUGAUCUCAACAGGAAGACUGGGGAGGAAGCUGAGGACUCAUCUGCGACAAUCAACACAGCAAAGAAGGUGAACGAGAACAACAUCUCCAUACAGUCUGCUUUUUUUCAGCCAAAAGACAGUGAAGAUGAUGUUCAGACAAACAUCGAAAAGGAAGUUGAGGAAGAGCUGAUGUUCCCUGAAAAUACUGAAGCUACAACAGAGGAUUUCACAAAUGAGGGAGUUGCCAAAAACGUGGAUGUGGAUGAAAACAAGACCUUUGAGCAAUUUGUUAUUGGUCAGCCUAAACAACACAAAGAUGAUGCCCAGGAAAACACUGCAGAGGAAGUUGAGAACUCAUCUGUGAUAAUGGACUCCAGCAUUGCUGCAACAAAGGAUGAUUCCUUUACGGAAAUGGAUGAAGAUGGUGAAAAGGAGAUCUCUGAGAAAUUUAUUGUUGGUCAGCCUAAACAACACACAGAUGAUGUUGAGGGAAAUACUAUGGAGGAAAUUGAGGACUCAUCUAUGAUAAUCAACACAAGCAUUGCUGCAACAAAGGAUGAUUUGACUAUGGAAAUGAAUGAAGAUGAAAAGGAUGAAGAUAAUGACAAGACCUCUGAGCAAUUUGUUGUUGGUCAGCCUAAAAAACAUGAAGAUAAUGUUGAGGGAAACACUGAUGAGGAAGUUGAGGACACAUCUGUGAUAAGUGACACAGGCAUUGCCACAGAAAAGGAAGAUUCGUUUAUAGGAAUGAAAGAAGAUGAUGAAAAAGGUGAAGAUAAUGUCAAAGAUUUCCAGGAUGAGACAUAUUCAUCAGAUGAAGUGGAAGAGAGCUCAGUGGAAACCGGUGAUUCUUCCACAGAAUCCAACUCGGAUGCAGUUUGGCCAGCAGAAUCACGGCAGGAGGCCUCCAGGGAACCUCAAGAAGUGAAGUUGAUUGACCAAGAAGUAGAAGGAAAGAUUCAAGAAGAUAAAGCAGGCAAAGAAGGUGAAAAUGACUUCCAGAAAAGCAAGGGAAAUCGGGAGAAUUCCUAUUAUGAAGCCCACAGAGUGAAAGCGGGAGGGCGCAAUUCCAAGAAGAGCAGUGAAAACUUCCCCACCGUGCUUGAUAGUAGCCAAUUUCCUGAUGGAAAAGGCGAGUCGGAAAAGACUUUUAUCAAGAAGUACGUAGCAAAUGCAAGCAGGCGGAUGAUGCUAAUUGCGGCUCUCUCUGUGCUAACAUCACUCUCAUGCUCCUGGUUCUUUGGCUUAUCCUCCGUCAAGCUCUGUCUCAUUGUCUUCUUGACCAUGGUUCUGACCAAAAUCCACGGCUACUGAAUGGUCGGGAAGCUUACUUAUAUGUACUGAAAUGGAAGAGAUAGCAGCUAUGAACCGCCAGCCUGAAACCGAACAAGAAAGGCACGAAAAUAAAAGCGUUCAAUUUAACAGAUGCUAUGCUAGUUUUAUUUGAUCCACUGGAUGACAAUUUUGCCCAAGGAUUGAAUAAUGUAUUUCCAUACUUAACCUCUUAAUCCCAUAUGAUCUUUUCGUA